AUGGAGGUAAUUUAAUUCAAAAGCGUCACCAAAAUUGUGUUUGCGUGUUGUUACCUGUGACCUCCUCAUCGUUGCUUUGGCUUCAUCUUCUUAUCAAUAGCGAAAAUCUGGGUUUUAGUAUUGUCCUGUUAAAUUCUUACGAGGUGUCUUGUUUUUGCUAUUCUUUGUUAAUGGACAUUGAAUCCUCUUCGGGUUCGCAUGAAAGAUUCAAACUUUACGAUGAGCUGGAACUGCAAGAGUUUCAGGACAAGUUUGUGAUUAAAUCCCAUCAAUCCCCCAACCAAGGCUUCUGGAUUAACCGUCUUGAUGGCAGCAUCAAUUUACUUGAUGGUGACACAUUCUCUGAAAGUCCAUCCAGGAAAUCUACAAUUUAUGGUGUGGUGGGAACAAUAAGAUUGGUUGUAGGAACUUAUGCUAUUGUAAUAACUUCUCGGAAAGAAGUUGGAAGUUUCCUUGGUUUUCCAGUAUAUCGCUUGAUGUCUAUGAGAGUACUUGCCUGUAAUCAGGCUUUGAAGUUUUCAACUGCUCAAGAAAAAAAAGAUGAGACUUACUUCAUGACUCUGUUAAAAGCAGUGGAGUCAACGCCAGGCUUGUACUAUUCAUAUGAAACAGAUAUUACAUUAAACUUGCAAAGAAGAAGCAAAUUAGUAGAAGGCUGGACGAAUAAGCCAAUCUGGAAGCAGGCUGACCCUCGAUUUGUCUGGAACAAACAUCUUUUGGAGGAGCUUAUUGAGUUUAAGCUUGACCAGUUCAUCAUGCCCCUCAUGCAAGGAAGCUUCCAAGUAGCUGAGCUGAAGCUAAAAGACUCAAAUGCUACAGUAACUUUACUUUCAAGAAGAUGUACACGACGUCUAGGAACAAGAAUGUGGAGAAGAGGUGCUAACCUUGAAGGUGACACUGCUAAUUUCAUUGAGACUGAACAGUUGCUUGAAACUGAAGAGUUCAGGUCCUCAUUAUUACAGGUUCGAGGUUCAAUUCCUCUUCUGUGGGAGCAGAUUGUUGAUCUAAGCUAUAAACCGCACCUUAGGGUUAUUAGUCAUGCGCAAACACCGAAGAUUGUGGAGCGUCAUUUCCAUGAUCUCAUGCAAAGAUAUGGAGAGAUAGUAGCACUUGAUCUUACUAAUAAACAUGGUGAAGAAGGUCAAUUAAGUGCAGCAUAUGCAGCUGAAAUGAAAAAUCAGGAAAAUGUGAGGGAUUAUGGCAGAUAUGUGCCUUUUGAUUUCCAUCAUCACUGUGGGAGCUCAAACUUUGAUAAUCUGAAAAUCCUCUAUGAUCAAAUCUCAGAGGAUUUUGAAAAACAAAGAUACUUCUUGAUAGAUAGAAAAGGAAAUGUAAUAGAGGAGCAGAGAGGAGUUAUCAGAGUAAACUGCAUUGAUUCCCUUGAUCGAACAAAUGUUACUCAGUGUUAUCUGGCCCAGAAGUCAAUAGAUCUUCAGUUGCAGAGGAUUGGAGUGCUUACUUCCUCUGAGUGCAUUUCAAUGUUUGGAGAGGAAUAUGGAAAAUUUAGAAUAUUGUGGGCAGAGCAGGGUGAUGAGUUAAGCAUGGAGUAUGCUGGGACUAAUGCACUCAAAGGGGACUUAGUUAGAUAUGGAAAACAAACAAUAUCUGGAAUAAUCAAAGAUGGGGUGAGUGCAAUGUCACGAUAUUACUUGAAUAACUUCCAUGAUGGGAUUCGGCAGGAUGCCCUGGAUCUGAUAAGUGGUAACUAUACUGUCAGCAGAAACAUUCCUUCUCCUCUCCAGUUGAAUACCUUUGAACCAUUAACGUACCUCCCUGUGGCAUCAGCUUUGAUAAUUGGAGGUUUGACAGCAACAACCUUCACUCUUCAGCAAGCAGGACGAAAUGCGCAACAUUAUGUGUCUUCUGUACUCUCUGCUGGAAUAACUGCUGGGGUCAUGGCAGUAGUUAAAGCUAAUGGAAGGCAGUUCUGUUCAAGGCCCCGUUUGUGUGGUCUAUUGUGACACAAGUACCAAUGAAUUUUCAUUACCCCUUUGAACAAAACGUAUAAAUUUGUGUGGUCUCACCGUAGAGAUUGUAAAUAUGAUGCUUAUGUUAAAUAUUUUGUUUUCGGAUAAGUAGUUGUUUUCAAUGAACUUGAUAUCAGUUGGGGAAUCCAUGGCAUUUCAGCUGUCUAUUGAAUU